AUGCCUAGAUUUGCUCAGUUGGUUAUUGGACCAGCUGGUUGUGGUAAAUCAACUUAUUGUACAACAAUGCAAGCACAUUGUGAAACAUUGAGACGAAAAGUUGAUGUUGUCAAUUUAGAUCCUGCAGCUGAAUAUUUUGAGUAUACACCAUUAGCGGAUAUCAGAGAUCUUAUUCAUUUGGAUGAUGUAAUGGAAGAUGAAAGUAUCCGUUUAGGUCCAAAUGGUGGACUUGUAUUCUGCUUGGAAUAUCUUCAACAAAAUUUAGACUGGUUAGAUACAGCUUUAGGUGAUCUAGACGGUGACUAUAUCUUAUUCGAUUGUCCUGGACAAAUUGAAUUAUACUCACAUUUACCAAUUAUGCCAAGAAUUAUUGAAUAUAUGCAAAGAAAGUGGGAUUUUCGUUUCGUCACUAUCUUCAUAUUAGAUGCUAGAUUCCUUGUUGAUUCAUCACAUUUUCUCGCCGGUGUUCUAUCCGCUCUAUCAGCAAUGGUUUCUUUAUCUACUGCACAUAUAAAUGUUAUGUCAAAACUUGAUCUUUUAUCAGAACAAAAACAGAAGUAUGUAAUAGCUAGAUAUUUAAAUCCUGAUAUGGAUUAUUUCUUUGAUUUGGAUCAAGUAUUCGAUAGUGAAGAUGGUGUAGACAAUCAACAGAAUAGUCAAGAAACUAUACCAUUCAAUAAACUGACACAUGCGCUAGCUGAUUUAAUUGAACGAUAUAGUGUAGUUCACUUUGUUCCAUUGAAUCGAGAUAAAGAAGAUACAAUAACUGAUUUAUUAAUACAAAUUGAUCAAUGCCUACAGUAUGAUGAAGAGGUGGAUCCAUCCAAUCGUGCUUUUGAUGAUGCUGAACAAGAAUUAGCUGGAUUUCAAGGAGAUGACGUUAACUGUGAAUUACUGUUAAUACUGGGUGGUUUUAUUUCCCUGUGGUCACUUGAAAUACUAUGCAGUCAUGUGAAUUCACCGUCUCAUAUACACUUAUUUCUGGAGACUAUUACUCAUGGGUUAACUGGUUGUAUCUUUUGGAUAUGCUGUUUACAAAGUAUAUCUAAUCGACUGAAUCUGUUUACAUACUGUCAAAGGAUUACAAUGAUAUUGGAAUCUUGUUUAUGGGCAGCAUUUACUGCAAUUCUACCGGAUAUAGAUCAUUUUAUAGCUGCAAGAAGUACAAGCAUUGAAUUGGCUCGUCAACUCCCUGGUAGACCAUUUUUACAUUGGGCUGGUAUCUACCUAUUUAUCUACAUAAUUCUUAUUGUUUACUCACCGUUUCUAUCAUAUUGUUCUAAUUGGAUAAUGUUACAGAAAUGUUUUACUACAUUCUGGUUAGUAUUUAUAUCAUUUAUAAGUCAUAUUAUACGUGAUGGAAAUAGACGUGGAUUAUGGUUAUGGCCACCGCCACAACUUUCUACUUGGAUGAGUACAAUGAAUUUUGUCUAUAGUAUAAGAAUGCCUGAUAAUUUGGGUAUUUUUACGCCUUUAAAGAUACCUUUAUUUUAUAUGCUUAUUUUAUGCUUUAUUAUACCAGUAUUUCGUUAUUAUGCAGUUCGUUUACACUGGAAUUUAUCAAGUUUUACUAUUUUUUCAUGUUAUUAUUUGCGUUUUUGUAGUGAUUAUUCCAAUGAUGGAUUUAUAUUCAUUACGUGAACACAAUACAUUCAACAUAAUUAUUAUUUAUUAUUUAUCCCCUGGGUUCCUAAUGGAACACAUCUCCAGUGCACUCUGUUCUCUGAAAUCUUUUCAACUCGGCUCCACGACAGCUCAGAAGUUCUCACUUCUUCCUCACAUAAUCUCCUCCAUGUCACCCUCAAUUGGGACGCCCAACUCAUCGUUUUCCAUCUGGCUUCUACUCGAAUGCCUGGCCUGGUGUUUGAUGUCCCCGAAUGGUUUCCCCGGUGUAUGCUAAAUCCAUCUCCAUUUUUUUUCUACAGGAUGUUUGUUGUGUGAUAUGCUCUUGGUUGGUUUGUCGCCUAGCCAGAGUUCCUUGUUACUUAUUCUUUCUGGCCAUCCGAGCUUCAGUAACGAGCCAGCGUAGGUAGUUGUUGAUGAAUAUCUGUAGUUUGUUGCAAAUCCCUUUCUUGACGCGCCAAGUUUCUGAACCAUACAGAAGCACUGACUUAAUGUUGGUGUUGAAAAUCAAGGUCUUCUUCUUUAUGGUGAGUGCAGAAGAUUUCCACACUCGUUUCAGGUUAGUGAACGCCUGUCUUGCUGUCUUUCCGAUCGUGGCUUCGACGUCCUCGUCUGUGCCGCUGCCUGCCUAGAUAGGUGAAAGAGGCUACUUCCUUUAAGUUUCUCUCGUUGGUGGUG